AUGUUCACCAAGACUCUUCCGGUCGCUCUUCUCGCGGGUGCUGCUUCGGCGGCUUGCCCUCUUUCGGUAUCGAUUGCCGACGCGGAUAACCACGUCGUCAACGUCCAGGUCACAAACACUGGAAGCGAGACACUUCAAGUCUUCAAGGGCAACACCGUGUUCAGUGCACACGCGACCAAGGAUCUGUUGGUAGCUGAUGCAGCCGGCAAGGCCCUUCCUUUUGACGGAGUCUACGUCAAUUACAAGAAGACUGGUCUUACUGCCGACAACUUCCAGAAGAUCGCGGCUGGAGAGACAGUCACGGUGUCGGUCAACGCAGCCAAGAGCUACAAGCUUCAGGGUGUCAACCAAGCCAAGGUGUCCGCUAUCCAGGGCUUCCGCUAUGCUACGGGAGAGGAGGUGCCCUCUGCUCUCAAGGGCCUAUCCUUCUGCGCGGACCAGGCGACCGACUCCGUUGAAGUGACCCCAGACCAGAGCACCCACGUCUCCCACAAGCGCGAAGAACCCUUGAACUCCCGCAUCCAAAAGCGCUCCGUCACGUAUUCCUCGUGCUCGACGUCGCAGACCUCUACCCUCAAGACCAGCGUUACGGACGCCAUCUCUAUGGCCAGCGCCGCCUACACCGCCGCCGGCUCCGCAGCCGACUACUUCACCACCUGGUUCAAGUCGACCUCGGUCGAGUCCAAGGUCCAGACCAUCUACAACGACGUCAAGAACGUGCAGACUACCUCCCCCAAGAUCUCCUGCACAGACACCUACGGCGACUGCAGCGACGGCUCGGCGCUCCUGUACACCGUGCCCAGCGCUAAGGUCAUCGUGCCGUGCCCCAACAACGGCUUCUGGGACUUCCCCGAACUGGCUAGCGCGUGCUCUGGCGACGACUAUGAUAAGGCUGGUUCCAUCUUACAUGAGAUGACCCAUUUGUAUGGUACCGAUGACUACGCUUAUGGAUAUGUUGCAGCGCAGAAGUUGAGCGCUACCCAGGCUGCGGCGAAUGCGGAUACGUAUGAGAUGUAUGCCGAGAGCGUGAGGCUGGGUGGUUGCACUGUCGGUUAG